CUCUCAUCACAACGUAUGUGGCGCUGGCGUAAAUGAAGCCGUUGAACUCAAACAGUAAUGAUAAACGAUUACAGUAAUGUCCAAAUUGCGUGGCAAAGAGGAAGUUGUUCGCGGUGCGCGCGUAACGGUCCGGUGAAUCAUGCGUUGAAUCAUGGCACCGCAAACCAUAACGCACCGUCUCGUCAGGUGAAACGGCAUUCUCCUUGACUGUUGCUUUUUUUUAUGGCAGGAGUAGGUCAGUGGAAUAACACAUGAACUCCAAAGUUCAGUCCACAGAGGGACAGAGACAGACAGUGAAAUACAGAGGGAGGGAGGCAGACGCUUUCUUUGAUAUACCCACCUCUGUCCGUCAUUUGUUUUCCGAUUCUCGCCCGGAAUGCUGGUUGGAUUAAACACAACUUUCCUGGAAAUAUGUGUAGGCUACAUGCACCGAUAUUUACAGUUGGGAUUUACAGCUAAAUGGACUAUAGAUCAAGGAAACUUUGAUUAGCGCUAAUGAAAGAAUAUCUUUUAUUAAGGUGCGUCAUUAAGCUGUGUCACUUCAGUUGAGUAACCAUGGGAAACAGGCUGGCUAAGCCUGCUGGUCAGAACAGGUCGACAGUCAAAGACACACCAGCCACCAGCUUUCCACAGUGUGACUGGAUCUAGAGGAGCCCAUCUCACCUAACAUGAUGGCAUCCGGUCCGUCACCGUCCACGGACCCUGUACAUCUCAUCACCAGCGGCUACUUCAACUACAGUAACAACAGCUGGACUGCCGUACCUGAUGGUGACUCGCUGACGAACAAUCACACCUUGACCCUCCAUGGCCGCCUCCACAACGCCCUGCUGGGAGUCACACUGGGACUCCUUUCCCUCCUCACCGUCAUAAUGAACCUGCUCGUUCUCUAUGCCGUGAAGCGAGAGAAGAGCCUCCACACUGUGGGGAACCUCUACAUUGUCAGCCUGUCGGUGGCAGAUCUUAUAGUGGGGGCCACCGUUAUGCCUUUGAAUUUGGUGUAUUUGCUGGAGGAUGAGUGGAACCUGGGCCGGGCUGUCUGCCAGUUUUGGCUGAUAAUGGACUACGUUGCAAGCACAGCCUCGAUUUUCAGCUUGUUUAUCCUUUGUUUGGAUCGCUACCGCUCAGUGAGACAGCCGCUCAAGUACUUGAAAUAUCGAACGCGGGGAAAAGCCAGUGUGAUGAUUUCUGGAGCCUGGCUGCUGUCGUUGAUGUGGAUUAUUCCUAUUUUGGGAUGGAGGUCUUUCACACAUGUGGACCUUAAACCUGAGGAAGAGAACAAGUGUGAUACAGACUUCCGUUUUGCCACAUGGUUUAAGGUCAUUACUGCAGUCUUCAACUUCUACGUGCCCUCAGUUUUGAUGUUGUGGUUUUACACACACAUCUAUUUGGCCGUAAGGCAGCAUCUACGGGACAGAGAAAGAAUCAUUCAUCCAACGGAUUCAUUCGUAGAAAACGAGAAUGGAAGAAAUGCUCAAAGCCCUGAGAAAAUUGGCACCAAAUCACCCAAGAGGGAAAGUGAUGUUCAGAUUAAACUGUCCAAGCAACAACGCCUGUUGGACCAGAACACACUGGAUCAGGUGUAUUCCCUUGAAGAGGGCGUUAAAACCAAAUCUGCUCCAACGAGAGCUCACAGAAAGAUCGGUGUAAAGUGCCAACAGGCGUCGUUGCUCGCCAUGACAACAAAGAGACUCAGAAUUUCGCGUAGGGUUAAAAGGUGCUCAUUGUCUCCUGAGGAGAAGCAGCCAGAUUCUGAGAUUCCCCUGACCCAGCCGUCCAUGCCACAAGACGUGGGUGGAAAUAACGAGAACAAAUUUCAAGCAUCUUUAAAUCAGUGUCACGUCACAGUGCCAAACUCGGUGAGCGGAGUCUGCGACAUCAGCCAGGUGUCAGAUGUGCAGAGAUACACGUCUGUGCUCUACAACAACAAUAACAACCCUGGUCAAGCUCUGCCCUGGUCGGAGGAAGGGGCGGAGGACGCCAGAAUAGACCCAGAGAACGCAGUGACUCUGCGUCAGGCAUGGCAAAGGUUUAUUGACCAAUCGCGUCAGCGCAUCCAAAGUCUGAGGAUCCAUAAAGAGCACAAAGCAGCCAAACAGUUAGGCUUCAUAAUCGCGGCUUUCUUACUGUGUUGGAUACCGUACUUCAUCGCUUUCCUGGUCAUGGCAUUCUGCAGGGAGUGCGUCCACCAUGACCUUCACAUGUUCACCAUUUGGCUCGGCUACAUCAACUCCACUCUAAACCCUUUUAUAUACCCGCUCUGCAAUGGGAACUUUAAACGGGUCUUCAGAAACAUUCUCAACAUCCAUUUGUGACUCGUUGCGACAAGAAAUGAAGGAAAAUAAAGUCAGUGUCUAAAUGUUUCUAAAAAAGAAUGUAGCAACAGUAGAGUUGAUUAAAAAAAAGCCUUAGACACCUUUGGGAGCUUUGCAGAUACAACUGUAUAUGUAUUUUUGUGUGCUAGUUAUUUCCUGUAUGGUCCUGAUUUUAUUUUUGUAACUUUCAGCAUUUUGAGUCAGACUUAAGAUGAGGAUAAUGUCUCAAUCUAAUGUUGUUUAUUCUGUGGCAUGUUAAUAACGAUAAAAAUGUGACUCGAACCAGAGGCAUUUAAACUCAAAAGAAUCCCAGAGUGCUGCUCAGAAACGGGAUGUGAAGGAAAACCAUGCAAAGGAAAAAAAAAAGUGUUGUUUUUUGAAAGGAAUAUAUGAAUCAUCUUGAAGCUGAUGAAAUAAAUCAAAGCACUGCCAUGAAUUUGGGAUUUUUUUUUUUUAAUUUCUCACUAUUAAAACUGGAUAGAGCCAUUAGCUUUGCUUUAAAAUGUCAGUCUAGGAAAAAGACAAAUUUCUCUCCUUUGGCACACCUAGUUGGAUUUAGAAUCUGUUCAUCUGUCACUUUAUUCCACCAUUCUGUUGGCAGGGGGAUUUUAAAAACGCCUGCAUUACAAGAUUUCCCUGUGUUGUUAAAUCCUGCUCUUAACACCAGCAGAAGAAAGAAAACUUCUAAUCUGGUUCUUCUCAUUUAUCCUUUGUCAUCUGUUUACUGUCCUCAUGUAGAAUAGGUGACUGUAUGAGCAAAGAUGUUAACCCAAUUUAAAACUGGAGCAAAUAACUUAUAAAUUUCAAACAACAUAAAAAUGCUCUUUGCAAUAUAAACUGUUUGCAACAAAUCUUGUCAACACAAACAUCGUCUGUUUGCAUUUCUGUCCGCUGACAGUGGGGAUUUCGUUUCAUUCCUUAUCAGGACCUGACUGUCAAAUGCUUUUUACAAUCAUCUGUUUUAUGAUGUAGCGAUGUAGCACAUCCUUUUAUGUCAUCAGCCAAAGAGCGUCACAUAUUCCACAAUUAUGUGAGAAUCAUUAAAUCUGAGACUUGUAAUGUAUUUUUAUUGAUUUUGCAUCCAGUGCAUCCAGCAGGCUCUGGAGAAACAAGGCAGCAAAACCAAAAAAAAUAGGCCUUAUUUUCAAUGUAGAUAAACGCGGGUUGUAAUUAUUUCAAAUCUAGAUUGAUCAAGAUACCCCUAAUGUUUCCUGAGGAUACUGAACACAGACGAGCUGUGAGUCACUACUCAGUCAAAUCAAACCAAUGAGGCGGGGGCGAGAACUGAGCUGGAAGAGGUGUUGAUGUGAAGACAGGUGUUUUUUGUCUUUCCUUCUAUUACUUGAAAUUUUUACAUCUACCACGGAGGCAUCUUUAUUGGAUAUUCUAUCGGACUAAAUGUUUUGUUAAUGUGUUUUUUUUUUGGACAGUGUCAUAAUAAAGUCUAGCUGCUGCCAGCUGCCAGCUCUGUUUUAUUCUCUGAGUUUUAUUACUGACAAUGGAGAAAAAGGCUCUCGAGCUUUAAUCAGCAUACAGUCUUUUAAGUUAUUUUUGGUGGGCUUUUGUCCCUUUAUUGGUCAGUUCAGUGGAGACAUAAAGAAAAGAAUGAGUGAGACAACCAGCAGCAAAGGGCACACAAUGGACUCUAAGCCUAAGCAGUGCCCCUGUGUUAAGGACCCUUCAGACCACAGCUCCAAGUUUAUUAUGUAUAUACAGCCAAAACUAAAAUUGUCUAACAGCUCUGUAAUAAAUCUACUGGAGGGUUGAAUGGUAUUGUUCAAAUGUAACGUUUACAUGAGCUGAAUAAAUGACAGGCAGGAAUGUCCUGUGUGGUGUUUUUGUACAGCA